AUGCGCGAACUCGUGGAGGACCUCAAUUAUGACUUUAACUACAAUAUGUUCAUCUUGAAAAAUGCUCUUCGGAGUCUACCGAAGCACGACUCACGCCCCUUGGCUCUGCAGUGGUUGCACAAACUGUCAUCGUGCAACAAGACCCUGGAGGACCUGAAGCUGCGCAACGAAUUCAUGUACCACAUGGUGAACGGCCUGCGCGCUGGGGAACUGUGCCCGCCGUUCGACUCGCCGCCGCCAGACGUACCCCUCACCUGUAUGGCGCACAUGCUCCCCCCGGAGCCGCUGGUGCAGGCGCUCUCCCCGGACGGCGGCGCCUUCCUCGCCAACCAGCCCAUGCCGCGCUGCGGCGCCUUCUGCUACAUCGCCGUGCUCUGCAAGCGCUCCAGCUGA